AUGCGUCUGCUCUUCAUACUUGUGGAGCUCGCCAUGCUGUUAGGCCGCCUUGAUUCGGAAGGAAUAUGCCUGCAUAUCACAGUGCCACAGAAGAUAGAGCCACGCAAGGGCGGAGAUUCAGAAGGGAAGGUGACUUAUGUCAUUACCAUCCAGGGGAAGCCCUACUCUCUGCACCUCAGGAACUACUCAUUUUUGUAUAAGAACUUUUUGGUUUACACAUAUAAUGAAACUGGAUCUUUGCAUUCUGACUCUUCACACUUUUUGGCACAUUGUCAUUACCAAGGAUAUGUUGAUGAAGUACCAAACUCUGUUGUGACACUCAGCAUCUGCUCUGGCCUGAGGGGAUUCCUGCAGUUGGAAAAUAUCAGCUAUGGAAUUGAACCCUUGGAGUCUUCAGCAAGAUUUGAGCACAUAGUUUAUCAAAUGAAGAACAACCACUCAAUGAUAGCAGAAAAUUACAGCCAUAUUUGGCAGGCAGGCCAGCUUGAUAAAGGCCCUUUCACUGAGCAGGAUAAAAAUCAUUCACAACUGUUACCUCAAAGUCUAAAAUUGCACAUUAUAGUGGGGAAGUUUUUGUUUGAUUAUAUGGGAUCUGACAUUAUGGCCAUAACACAGAAGAUUUUCCAGAUUAUUGGGCUUGUUAACACUAUGUUCACUCAGCUGAAAUUAAGUGUUGUGUUAGCCUCCUUGGAACUGUGGUCAGAUAAAAACCAAAUUUCUACUGAUGGAAAUGCUACUGAUAUUUUACAAAGACUUUUGGGCUGGAAACGAGAAUAUCUUACCCUACAGUCCAAUGAAAUAACACACUUACUCAUUUACAGGAGACACCCGAAAUACGUUGGAGCGGUAUCCCCUGGUGGAAUAUGCAGUGAAAGCUAUGUUGCGGGUGUUGGUAUGUAUCCAGAAGACAUAGGUUUGGAGGGACUCUCAGUGGUUAUUGCUCAACUGAUUGGCCUUCACAUAGGGCUAACAUACGACGAUGAUAAUAAUUGUUCCUGUCCCAGCGCUCCGUGCAUAAUGCAGCAGAGAGCAUUGAGUUCCAGUGGGAUGAAAACUUUUAGCAACUGUAGCUUGCAUGACUACAUGCAUUAUGCUUCAAGAUUUGACAUGAAAUGCCUUAGUGACCUGUCAAAUGUACAUGUAUUGCAACCAAAGCAAGCCGUGUGUGGUGAUGGAAUCAUGGAAGCCGGUGAGGAAUGUGACUGUGGUAACGAGACGGAAUGCCAAUUUAAAGAGUGCUGCGACCACGAGACGUGCAGACUAAAAGGCUCAGCGCAGUGUGGGUCUGGGGCGUGCUGCACACCCACGUGUGAGCUGUCAGCAGUAGGCACUCCCUGCAGAAAAGCUGUUGACCCAGAGUGUGAUUUCACAGAGUACUGCGAUGGAACCUCUAGCCACUGCGUCCCAGACACCUUUGCUUUGAACGGUCAUUUGUGCAGGCUGGGAUCCGCGUAUUGCUACAAUGGACAAUGCCAAGCUCUUAAUGACCAGUGUGUCAGUUUGUUUGGAAAAGGUUCUCAAGGUGCUUCCUAUGCCUGUUUUGAAAAAGUGAAUCUGCCACGUGAAAAUCAGGCAAACUGCGAUUCUAAAAACUCAUACUCGUUACCUUGCGGACAGCAGGAUGUUCUCUGUGGAAAAUUAGCUUGUUUUCGGCCACACAAGAAUUAUAAAAGCCCUAGUCAAUCCGUAGUGUAUUCGUAUGUCCAUGACAGUGUGUGUCUGUCCGUACCUCCUGGGUUGUCUAUGAGAUCAGACGGCAGAGACAGCGCGUACGUGGCUGAUGGCACUGUGUGUGGACCACAAAUGUAUUGCAUAAAUGGAACCUGCAAAGAAGUUAAUUUCACUGGAAACGACUGCAACGCCACCAAGAAAUGCAAAGGGAACGGGAUAUGUAAUAACUUUGGUAAUUGCCAAUGCUUUCCUGACUACAGGCCUCCAGAUUGUAAAUUACAGAUUGGAUCACCAGGGGGCAGCAUCGACGAUGGAAACGUUCUCAGAACUGACAUGUAUUUGACUGCAAAGCGCCUGAGUAAGCAUGAGGACAGCUGGGUGAUCCUGGGCUUCUUCGUCUUCCUGCCUUUCGUCAUAACCGUCCUUAUUGGGAUCAUUAAGAGGAACAAAAGGAAAGUCGUGCCUCAGAGAGAAGAGGAAAUGUGA